AUGGAACAAGAGAGACAUCUGCAAGCCAACAACAGAGAACUCAGUGCAAGAUUUGGAUAUCCGAACAAUACGAUCAAGACCUCAAAAUACAGUAUCUUUAACUUCCUGCCAAUGAACCUAUUUGAACAGUUCCAGAGACUUGCAAAUGCAUAUUUCCUCAUUUUGCUAUUCCUACAGUUGAUUCCCCAGAUCUCCUCCUUGGCAUGGUACACAACUGUGAUACCCCUGAUGGUGGUGCUGUCCAUGACAGGAGUGAAAGAUGCCAUCGAUGACCUGAAAAGGCAUCGAAGUGACAAUAAAGUCAACAACCGUCCUGUUCUGGUACUGGUGAAUGGCAAGGUGGAGAAAGACAAAUGGAUGAACAUCCAAGUGGGAGAUAUAAUAAAACUAGAAAAUAAUCACUUUGUCACGGCAGAUAUACUAUUACUCUCUAGCAGUGAGCCCUACAGUCUGGCGUACAUAGAAACUGCAGAAUUGGAUGGUGAAACCAACCUGAAAGUGAAACAGGCCAUCUCAGUUACCAGUGAAAUGGAAGAUAACCUGGAGUUGCUGUCUGCCUUUGAUGGACAAGUGAGGUGUGAGGCUCCCAAUAACAAACUGGACAAAUUUGCAGGAAUACUGACUUACAAAGGGAAAACGUAUCGCCUGGACCAUGAAAAGCUGCUGCUCCGAGGUUGCAUCGUCAGGAAUACAGACUGGUGUUAUGGCUUGGUGAUUUAUACUGGGCCAGACACCAAAUUAAUGCAGAACAGUGGAAAGUCCACCUUUAAAAGAACACACUUAGACCAUCUCACGAAUGUCCUUGUGCUCUGGAUUUGCCUGUUUUUAGGCAGCAUGUGUUUUAUCCUAGCAAUUGGGCAUGGUAUUUGGGAGAGCAAGAAAGGCUACUAUUUCCAGCCUUUUCUACCAUGGGAACAAUAUGUCUCUUCAUCGGUUGUCUCCACCAUCCUCAUAUUCUGGUCCUACUUCGUUAUUCUCAACACUGUCGUGCCCAUUUCCCUCUAUGUCAGUGUUGAGAUGAUAAGAUUGGGCAACAGUUACUAUAUCAACUGGGAUCGGAAGAUGUUUUAUGCACCAAAGAACACACCAGCACAGGCUCGCACCACCACCCUUAAUGAGGAGCUCGGCCAGGUCAAAUACGUGUUCUCGGACAAAACAGGGACCCUGACCCAGAACAUCAUGAUUUUCAAAAAGUGUUCUAUUAAUGGGAAUUUCUAUGGUAUGCAUGCCCUCCUACUUUCCCUGCAUCCUGGGGGAAUUCUACUUUGCAGAUUGUUUUCAGAAAAUACAGAAAAAGUUGACUUCUCCUACAACAAACUGGCUGAUCCUAAGUUUUCAUUUUAUGAUAAGACUUUGGUGGAAGCAGUGAAGAAAGGAGAUCACUGGGUACACUUAUUUUUCCUCUCACUCUCAUUAUGUCAUACUGUGAUGUCAGAAGAGAGAGUGGAAGGUGAGCUGGUGUACCAGGCUCAGUCCCCAGAUGAAGGUGCCCUGGUCACUGCUGCCAGGAACUUUGGCUUUGUGUUCCAUUCCCGCAAGUCUGAGACAAUCAUUGUGGUUGAAAUGGGGGAAACCAAAGUCUACCAGCUGCUGGCUAUUUUGGACUUCAACAAUGUGCGCAAGCGGAUGUCUGUUAUUGUGCGGACACCUGAAGAUCGGGUACUGUUGCUCUGCAAGGGUGCAGACACCAUCAUCUGUCAGCUGCUUCAUCGAUCCUGUAGAUCCCUGAGAGACGUGACCAUGGAACAUUUAGAUGAUUUUGCCAGUGAAGGCCUUCGCACCCUCAUGGUGGCCUACCGAGAGCUGGACGAUACAUUCUUCCAGUCCUGGAGCAAGAGGCACUCUGAUGCCUACCUGUCUUUGGAGGAUCGGGAAGAUAAAUUAUCACAUGUCUAUCAAGAGGUUGAAAAAGACUUGAAGCUGUUAGGGGCCACUGCCAUAGAAGACAAGCUGCAGGAUGGAGUUCCUGAGACAAUCAUCACCCUGAGCAAAGCCAAAAUUAAAGUGUGGGUUUUAACUGGAGAUAAGCAAGAGACUGCCGUGAACAUUGCCUACUCCUGUAACAUGCUUGACAAUGAAAUGGAUGGGGUGUUCACCGUGGAGGGCAAGGAUAAUGAGACAAUUCAGCAAGAACUCAGGUCCGCAAGACACAAGAUGAAACCCGAGUCUCUACUGGAAACAGACCCAGUGAACAUAUGCUUCACCAUGAAGCCCCAAAAGCCCAUCAGAAUACCUGAGGAGGUGCCCAAUGGCAGCUAUGGCUUGAUCAUCAAUGGCUACAGUCUGGCCUAUGCUCUAGAAGGGAACCUGGAGUUGGAACUGGUACGAACCGCAUGUAUGUGCAAGGCGGUGAUCUGCUGCCGGAUGACACCCCUUCAGAAGGCCCAGGUGGUAGAGCUGGUGAAGAGGUACAAGAAGGUGGUGACACUGGCCAUCGGGGAUGGGGCCAAUGACGUCGGCAUGAUCAAAGCUGCACACGUUGGGGUCGGCAUCAGUGGCCAGGAGGGGAUGCAGGCCAUGCUCAGCAGCGACUACGCCUUCUCCCAAUUCCAUUAUCUCCAGCAUCUGCUCUUGGUCCAUGGCCGCUGGUCCUAUAAUCGCAUGUGCAAGUUUCUCAGCUACUUCUUUUACAAAAACUUUGCCUUCACCCUGGUGCACUUCUGGUAUGCCUUCUUCAGUGGAUUCUCUGCACAGACAGUUUAUGAUUACUGGUUCAUCACCUUCUACAAUCUGGUCUACACCUCUCUUCCUGUCCUGGGUUUGAGUCUGUUUGAUCAGGAUGUGAAUGAAACAUGGAGCCUACAUUUCCCAGAGCUGUAUGAACCAGGCCAGCACAACCUCUAUUUCAACAAGAAGGAAUUUGUGAAGUGUUUAAUGCAUGGGAUCUAUAGUUCCCUCGUGCUGUUCUUCAUCCCCAUGGGGACCGUUUAUGACUCAGUGCGCAACGAUGGAAAGGAAAUCUCUGACUACCAGUCCUUCUCUCUGAUGGUGCAGACGUCCUUGCUCUGGGUAGUCACAAUACAGAUUGCCCUGGAGACAACCUACUGGACGAUCAUAAGCCACUUCUUCAUCUGGGGUAGCCUGGGUUUCUACUUUUGCAUCUUAUUCUUCCUGUGCAGUGAUGACCUGUGCCUAAUAUUCCCCAACACCUUCCAAUUCCUAGGUAUGGCAAGGAACACUCUGAACCAGCCACACGUGUGGCUGAGUGUUGCCCUCAGCGUGGUCCUCUGUGUGUUACCUGUGAUUGGGUACCAAUUUCUCAAACCACUACUCUGGCCCACCAGCGUGGACAAGGUUCUUAAGAGAAUUCACGAUUGCAUGAGAAGUCCACUGAGACCCCCAGCCCGGUCCAAACCGAAACACACAGGCUUUCAUCGUUCUGCCUAUGCGUUCUCCCACCAGCAGGGCUUUGGGGCCUUCAUCACCUCUGGCAAGACCUUGAAGUCCAAGUCGCUGUUUGUCUUUAAAAACAGCUAUUCCUUUAAAAACUAGAGACCCUUAGGGAAAUCCCAAAGGAGUCAGUUUUGCUCAGCCUCCCUCAUAUUCAUACAAUUUAGUAAGAG